AUGAGUGGAACAUAUGGAUUGUCGUCAUGGCAGGCUGUGUGCGUUGCCACUUCAGUCUUGAUAGCCCUCAAAGUUCUUCUGAUUCCGACAUACACAUCAACCGAUUUCGAAGUUCAUCGAAAUUGGAUGGCCAUAACGCACAAUUUGCCACUUUCAAAGUGGUACUAUGAGUCAACGUCAGAGUGGACUCUUGAUUAUCCACCAUUUUUCGCAUAUUUCGAGAAGUCUCUUGCCACUGUUGCUUACUUUUGUGGUCUUGAGGAUAUUUUAACUUUACAAAAGGGAGCGUUAUUCAAUAAUCGAGUUUUAUAUUUUCAACGGCUUUCAGUCAUUGCUGCGGAUAUUUUCUACAUUUUGUCAUGCGUAAUCUUCUGCUUCGCUGAUUCACCUCGAUGGGAAACUCUUCCAAAGAAAUUGCAACCAAAAGCCAGAAUAGCCGCCUUCGUUGUGCUGUCAUGCCAUAGUGGACUUCUAUUGAUAGAUAGUAUCCAUUUCCAAUAUAACGCUAUGCUAACCGGCCUGUUUAUUUUAUCAAUCUAUUUUGCGGAUUGUGAGAAGUUCUUGUUUGUGGGUUUUCCUGAAAUUUAUUUUUGUUUACAUAUAGGAAUAGACCGAAACAUUGUUUAG